AUGUCCGCCGCCGCCGUCUUCGGGCAGCAGCACAUUGCACGCGGCAUCGGCCGCCUCUCGGAGCAUGUCCUGCAGCGCGGCGCCGGCAGCUGGGUGUGGACGGACGAGGGCGUGCGGCUGCUGGACCUCACCAUGGGCAUCGGCGUCGUCGGCUGCGGCCACUGCCACCCCGUCAUCACCGCCGCGGCCGUCGAGCAGAUGGGCAUGAUCCAGCAUGCGCAGGUCAACAUCGGCUACUCGGCCGCCUACAUUGCCUUUCUGCGCGCUCUGCUGCCCAAGCUGGCGCUCGCCGAUGCGUCGCUCGACUCCGUCUUUCUCUGGAACUCGGGCGCCGAGGCCGUCGAGGCGAGCAUCAAGCUGGCACGUGCGGCCACGGGCCGCCAGAACGUCAUUGUCAUGCAGGGCUCAUACCAUGGCCGCACGAUGCUCACGGCGGGCAUGACGCGCAGCAAGACGGUGUAUGGCGCCACCUUCCAUCCUCUCGUCCCGGGCAUCUACUCGACGCCCUUUCCCUUCUACGCGCAGCACGGUGUCGGGCCCGACGUGUCGGAGGACUUCCUGGUGCAGCAGUCUCUGCAUCAGCUGCACCUCUUGCUCGCUCAACAGACUGCUCCUCGCGACACUGCGGCAAUCAUUCUCGAGCCCGUGCUCGGCGAAGGUGGCUACGUGCCGUGCCCCUCGGCAUUCCUUCAGGGCCUGCGCCGCGUCUGUGACGCACACGACAUCCUCCUCAUCGUCGACGAAGUGCAGUCGGGCACAGGUCGUACAGGCACCUGGUGGGCCGUGGAGCCUUCGGGCGUGCGCCCCGACGUGCUCAUCUUCGCAAAGGGCAUCGCCAAUGGACUGCCGCUGAGCGGCAUUGCGAGCAGGAAGGAGCUCUUCGACAAGCAGGACCCGGGAUCCAUGGGCGGAACAUACGCUGGCAACGCGGUGGCGUGCGCUGCUGGAAAGGCAGUGAUUGAGGUGAUGGACAACGAGAAGGUGCUAGACAACGUCGCAGCCCGCUCCAAGCAGCUGUUCGCCUUCCUGCACGCGCUGCGCCGCAGCCCAGCCGGCUCGUUGAUCCAGGACAUCCGCGGCCGCGGCCUGAUGGUCGGUGUGCAAUUUGUGCUGCCUUCCACACAGGCCGCCAUCUCUGCCUCUUCGGCCUGUCCCGCCACGGGUGCCUCUGCCUCCUCCUCCUCGCUCGCCGAGGCAGACAAGAGCAUCAGCGCCGCCUCUGCCAACGCCACAGUCGCUCGUCCACACGAGGUGGGCCUCCAGGCGCGCGCCCAAGUCGCGCCGAGGAUCGUCAAGAAGUGCCUGGAGAAAGGCAUGCUGUUGCUUGCGACCAGCGUCUUCGAUGUGCUGCGCUUCAUUCCUGCCCUCACCAUCUCCGAGGAGGAGAUGCAGACUGCAUGUGACAUCUUUGAGAGUGCGCUCAAGGAGGUGUACGAGGACGUCAAGGAGCUCUGAGCGCCUCCCCC